GCCCCGGGGCCCGGAGCGAGAGCCUCGGGCGCCCCGCAGCCCGACCGCUGCGCCGCAGCACCAGGUUAACAGCCAUGGCGGGCUGGAUUCAGGCCCAGCAGCUGCAGGGAGAUGCACUUCGCCAGAUGCAAGUGCUGUAUGGUCAACACUUCCCCAUCGAGGUCCGACACUACCUGGCGCAGUGGAUCGAAAGCCAGCCUUGGGAUGCCAUUGACCUAGAAAAUCCUCAGGACCGAGGCCAGGCCACUCAGCUCCUGGAGGGCCUGGUGCAGGAGCUGCAGAAGAAGGCGGAGCACCAGGUGGGGGAAGACGGCUUUCUGCUGAAGAUCAAGCUGGGGCACUACGCCACGCAGCUCCAGAACACCUACGACCGCUGCCCCAUGGAGCUGGUCCGCUGCAUCCGGCACAUUCUGUACAAUGAACAGAGGCUGGUCCGGGAAGCCAACAACUGCAGCUCGCCUGCUGGUGUCCUGGUGGAUGCCAUGUCCCAGAAGCACGUUCAGAUCAACCAGACGUUCGAGGAGCUGCGCCUGGUCACGCAGGACACGGAGAACGAGCUGAAGAAGCUGCAGCAGACCCAGGAGUACUUCAUCAUCCAGUACCAGGAGAGCCUGCGCAUCCAAGCUCAGUUUGCCCAGCUGGCCCAGCUGAACCCCCAAGAGCGCCUGAGCCGGGAGACGGCCCUGCAGCAGAAGCAGGUGUCCCUGGAGGCCUGGCUGCAGCGCGAGGCCCAGACCCUGCAGCAGUACCGCGUGGAGCUGGCCGAGAAGCACCAGAAGACGCUGCAGCUGCUGCGCAAGCAACAGACCAUCAUCCUGGACGACGAGCUGAUCCAGUGGAAGAGGCGGCAGCAGCUGGCCGGGAACGGGGGACCCCCUGAGGGCAGCCUGGAUGUGCUGCAGUCCUGGUGUGAAAAGUUGGCCGAGAUCAUCUGGCAGAACCGGCAGCAGAUCCGCCGGGCUGAGCACCUGUGCCAGCAGCUGCCCAUCCCCGGCCCCGUGCAGGAGAUGCUGGCCGAGGUCAAUGCCACCAUCACGGACAUCAUCUCCGCCCUGGUCACCAGCACAUUCAUCAUCGAGAAGCAGCCCCCUCAGGUCCUGAAGACGCAGACCAAGUUCGCUGCCACCGUGCGCCUGCUGGUGGGCGGGAAGCUGAACGUGCACAUGAACCCCCCGCAGGUGAAGGCCACCAUCAUCAGUGAGCAGCAGGCCAAGUCCCUGCUCAAGAACGAGAACACCCGCAACGAGUGCAGUGGGGAGAUCCUGAACAACUGCUGCGUCAUGGAGUAUCACCAGGCCACGGGCACCCUCAGCGCCCACUUCAGAAACAUGUCACUGAAGAGAAUCAAGCGUGCUGACCGGCGGGGAGCCGAGUCAGUGACAGAGGAGAAGUUUACAGUCCUGUUCGAGUCUCAGUUCAGCGUCGGUAGCAACGAGCUUGUGUUCCAGGUGAAGACACUAUCCCUCCCUGUGGUGGUCAUUGUUCAUGGCAGCCAGGACCACAAUGCCACGGCCACUGUGCUAUGGGACAAUGCCUUCGCUGAGCCGGGCAGGGUGCCAUUUGCCGUGCCGGACAAAGUGCUGUGGCCGCAGCUGUGCGAAGCUCUCAACAUGAAAUUCAAGGCCGAGGUGCAGAGCAACCGGGGCCUGACCAAGGAGAACCUGGUGUUCCUGGCACAGAAGCUGUUCAGCAGCAGCAGCACCCACCUCGAGGACUACAACAGCAUGUCCGUGUCCUGGUCCCAGUUCAACAGGGAGAAUCUGCCAGGCUGGAACUACACCUUCUGGCAGUGGUUCGACGGCGUGAUGGAGGUCCUGAGAAAGCACCACAAGCCCCACUGGAACGACGGGGCCAUCCUAGGUUUCGUGAACAAGCAACAGGCCCACGACCUGCUCAUCAACAAGCCGGAUGGGACCUUCCUGCUGAGAUUCAGCGACUCGGAAAUCGGGGGAAUCACCAUUGCCUGGAAGUUUGACUCUCCGGACCGCAACCUGUGGAACCUGAAGCCGUUUACCACGCGGGAUUUCUCCAUCCGCUCUCUGGCUGACCGCCUGGGGGACCUCAACUACCUCAUCUAUGUGUUCCCCGACCGCCCCAAGGACGAGGUCUUCUCCAAGUACUACACACCCGUGCUGGCUAAAGCAGCUGACGGAUACGUGAAACCGCAGAUCAAGCAAGUGGUCCCUGAGUUCGUAAAUGCGUCUGCUGAUGCCGGGGCCAAUGCCACCUACAUGGACCAGGCCCCCUCCCCAGCAGUGUGCCCCCAGACUCAUUACAACAUAUACCCACAGAACCCUGACCCUGUCCUCGACCAGGAUGGAGAAUUUGACCUGGAUGAGACCAUGGACGUGGCCCGGCAUGUGGAAGAGCUUCUACGCCGGCCCAUGGACGGUCUGGACCCCCGUCUCUCCCCGCCUCCCGGCCUCUUCACCUCCGCCAGAGGCUCCCUGUCGUGAACGUUCAAACUCCAGAUUUCUCCUGGGAGAUCGUCUUCAAUGUGAAGAGUCUGUCCGUGUUAAUUGUGAUAUAGCACCUGUAUACGCCGAUGGCUUUGUAGAUAGGACGUGUUUGCGCGUGCGUGCACGUGGGUGAGGUGCUGCCUUGACUUCAUGGUCCUCGUCUGUGGCAGCAACGGUGACACUUCUUGUGUUCAGAUCAAGGGACCCCCCCCCCCAGAGCCUGCGUGGUCCACGUGCCACAGAAGAGCCAGAGCUUCUGUCACUGCGGGCACCUGUUCUGCCUGCGUGGCUUGUCCGCUCUGGGGAGACAGGUUAAGUUGAGGUAACACUCCUGAGCUAGAGGUUUCACCUUCCUGCUCUGCACGCGUACACCUGUAUGGGUGUGCCCUUGUCCUCAUGCACACGCGGUGGUCACGUGGAUGUCCUCCCUCUGGAGGGAGGUUGGGCCUCAUUCUUGAGUAAUGUGAACGUGCGCUUCGGACCACAAGCGUGGUCUAGGCUGUAGCCAUCAACACAGCAGAUCUGGGUCGAGUCAGGUUGUCACAGCUGAGUGUCUGAGUAUAUAGGGUCCUUGGCCUUGAGUCUGCGCUGUCCUUUUGCCCAUAUUCCACCCACCAUCUGUCUUUUCCACCCGGUGUCCCUUCCCCUCCAUUCUCUAAGAUUUCUCUUCGAGACAGGGCACUCCUAUAUAGGCAAGCUAGGCUGGGCCUCCAGAGGGCCGCUAUCACAGGCACGUGUGCCGCUCCUCCAGGCUUCAGCCUUCUUUCCUUUUUGCCCCUGUCUGCAGCCUUGCUUAGACAGACCACUCUGAUCUAGGAAUUGGAGGCCUGUGACCUGCCAGGUCGAGGGUUUUCCUCCAGAAAGUGAGUGUAGCAAGAGACAAGCAACCGACCAGCCACGAGCUGCUGGCGAUGGAAUCUGAGGGAGGUUUGGAGCUCUCCAUCCACUUGGCUGGGAGGUAGAAUCUGGAACAGACCUCCCGCUGUUGCAUAAAGGCCUGUAGCCUGGGAAGGCCUCCUUCCAACCUCAGCAGUUCCUGCCCCCUGAGACUGUGACAGGUACCCCGGGUCAGCUGACUGCAGGAGAUUGGGAGUUCCACGUUUAAACCUUGGUGGGGAGAUUUGAGCAGAGGAAUUCUUUUGUACUUUGUACAGACCACACCUUUGUGUAAACAGUGUUUUUGAAUAAAGUAUUUUUUUUUCAUAAA